GACAGCGAGCCCAAUCAAAGCCAUCCGGGCGGAGGGAGGGAGGGCCCAAACUAUAGCCAUAGCGGCGCUGCACAAUACGCGUACAUUCUGUGCGUAGAAGAAUCCCACCUUCCAAGUAAAAAGCAGAACCCAAAAUAAUAACACCCCCCAAAAAAAAAACUAAAUUAGAGAGCGAGCCACCUUUUUGACUCGUAGUCUGUUUCUCUCUCUAUCUCUUCGAUCCCGUACGAUCGCUGAAUGCCGAUGCGCCCCGAGCAUCUCCGGCCCCGCUAGGUACCGUCAAUUCGACUUCUGAACUGGGUUAUGGUCGAAUUCCAGUGGGUUCCGCUGAUAAACCCUGGAUUGCUUUCCUGGGUCGUCCAGCUAGGGUUAGGGUUUUUUUUCGUGGAGGUGUGUUCUUACUUCUCUGUGAAUGUUCGUGUUCGAAACUGAUAAUAACUUCAGAAGUAGUUGACUUAUGCACUGAAAUGAGGCAUUGACAGAAAUCCUUUUGUCAUGUUAACUUUGCCACGGGGAGUAAAUUAUGGCAGGAACUUCAAGAUUUGAGUUAACUUCAGGUAGUUCAGACCCAAGUUUUGUCAGCAACAAUUCAAAUGGAUCAAGGGGCAAUCAUGCUGGUCCGAGUUUGGAUAGAUCAGGGAGCUUCCGGGAGGGUGGUGAAAAUCGGAUGUUUGGACCUGUGACUAGUGCAUCUAGGGUGAGCGGGGCAGUGGUGGGGAAUUUGCCUCCCUUAUCAAAGUGUCUGAUGCUAGAGCCUAUUGUUUUUGGCGGUCAGAUGUGUACACGGUCAGGCGAAUUAAGGAGGGUUCUGGGCUUUUCUGUUGGUAGUGCCUCGGAAGAAAAUUCUUUUGGGGCUGCACAUCCUAGGCUUUCACCUCCAGGGGUCAUGGAGGAACUUAAACGUUAUAAGGAAAGUAUUAUAGAUGUGAAUAACAAGGCCAGGGGAAGAGCAAAAAAGUUAGACGAACAUAUUCAUAAAUUGAACAAGUAUGUUGAAGUUGUGAACUCCAAAAAGCAGCAAAGGAAUGAGCUGUCAGCAAAUGAACGAUCAGGUGCAUUGAACUUGAAGAUGGGAAUUCAAAUUCCUCGAAACCCUACAGAUCUUGUGUCUCAAAGAGUGGAUGAUCGGCCUAAGACUGCUGUUCUCAAUAAGCGUGUGCGCACAUCAGUGGCUGAAACUAGGGCAGAAUGUCGUAGCAAUGGGUUAGGAAGGCAGUCUUUGGUUAUUACAAAAGAUCGUGAUAUGCUUAAAGAUGCUAGUCCUGGUUCUGAUCUGGUUGAAGAAAAGAUUCGCAGGCUACCCGCUGGAGGGGAAGGGUGGGACAAAAAAAUGAAAAGAAAACGGUCAGUAGGGAAUGCUUUCACAAGACCUCUAGAUAGUGAUGGAGAAUUGAAGCAACCCAUGCAUUAUAAGCUUAGCAAUGAAUCUGGCUUGCAAUCUUCUGAUGGCCAUGGCUUCAGAUCAGGACCUACCAAUGGAAUUAGUGGCACUAACAAGUUAGAUGCCAGUUCUUCACCUGGCAGUUCUUUUGCUCGAGCAACAGCCAAGCAUGAUCAAGAGAAGUCUACCCUUAUGAGGGAACUCCCUACUGUUUCAAAUAAGGAAAAACUUCUUGCAAAAGGGAGUAAUAAGUUGAAUAUAUGCGAGGACAGUCACAUUAGUCCCAGUCCAUUGACAAAAGGAAAGGCUUCUAGGACACCACGAAGUGGUCCUGUAGCAGCUCCAAACUUGUCAUCUAGCAUUCCCCGUGGAACUGGAUUACCUGAGAGCUGGGAACAGCCCUCAAGUGGAAGCAAAUUUCAUUCAUCUGGCGGGCCUAACAAUCGCAAACGUGCUAUGCCCUCAGGAUCAUCUUCGUCACCCAUGGCUCAAUGGGGUGGUCAAAGACCACAAAAACGCACCAGGAGAGCUAAUCUGUUAUCGCCAGUCUCAAAUCAUGAGGAAAUGCAGAUGUCAUCUGAAGGGUGUUCUCCUUCUGAUUAUAAUAAAAUCAAUUCCCGUUCAAUGAAUGGCCCUCUUCUUUUUCACGGCAUGGCUAAUGGCAACCAGCAGAUUAAAGUGAAACUUGAAAAUGUUUCAUCCCCUGCCAGGUUUUCUGAAAGUGAAGAAUCUGGUGCUGGUGACAAUAGGUUGAGGGAGAAAGUUAUGGCUGGUGGUGAAGUGGAGGAAAAAGUUAAUGCUGUUCAGAAUACUGGGCUGUCAUCUUUUUUUCAUGCUAAGAAGAAUAAAUCAGUUUCUAAGGAAGAAAUUGGUGAUGGUGUGCGGAGACAAGGACGAACUGGAAGGGCAUCUUCGUUUCCUGUGGCUAACAUCUCACCAGUAAGGGAGAAGUUGGAUAAUACUGCCACAACUAAGCCCCUUAGAACUACAAAACCUGGUUCUGAUAAGAGUGGAAGCAAAACUGGCCGUCCUUUGAAAAAACUGAUAGACCGUAAAGGCUUUUCACGUCGUGGGCAGAUUCCACAUAGUAGCUCUCCAGAUUUCACUGGAGAAUCAGAUGACGAUCACGAAGAACUCUUGACGGCUGCAAAUCUUGCCCGUAAUGCUAGUUAUAACGCAUGUUCUGGUCUAUUCUGGAAAAAAGUUGAACCAAUUUUUGCCCCUGCCAGCUUACAGGACACUUCCUACUUCACGCAACAGGUAAAGAGGGCAGAGGAGCUUCAUGAAAGCUUGUCCCAGAUGUUCCACUUCAGCAAGAAGGGUGAUCUUUCGCAUGAAGAAAUACCACUACCUGAUACAGUUGGGUCUGGAGAAAUAGGUAGAAUGCAAAAUAAGAUUGAAUCAAAGGAGUCAGCUGUGAUGGAGUUUACCGAUCAAUUUCACAAUUUUGAUACUUUUUGUGGAAAAUUAGAUUCAGAAGGAAGAUUGAAUAAGGCUACCCCAUUAUACCAAAGAGUAUUAUCAGCUUUGAUUGUAGAAGACGAAAUUGAAGAAUUUGACGAAAAUGGUGUUGGAGGAUAUGCUUAUAAUGAUUUAGGUUUUGGUACUGAGCCUAGAAAGAGGGAUAGAAUGGAAUUUGAAUGUGAGUCAUUUGCCACUCAAACUCAGAAAACUUGUGGCGGAAACAGGUUAUUUUCUUGUAAUGGGACUAAUAUGCCUAGUAGAAGUGUCAUCCAUAAUUCUCCACGGAAUGAUGAACUGUGGCAAGAAGGAAGUGGAUUUUUGCAUAUUGACGUUGGGGUGUCAGAUGGGCUCACGGGCAAUGAUCUAGAUGGACCACAAAACGUACAAACAAAUGGUUUCAUCAUAUCUCCCUUUGAUAGCCAAUAUGAGAAAAUGUGUGUGGAAGACAAACUCUUACUGGAGCUGCAAAGUAUUGGCAUAUAUUUGGAAACUGUGCCUGAUUUGGAUGAUACAGAGGAUGAAACAAUUGACCAAGAAAUGGUUCAGCUGAAGAAUGGACUUCAUCUACAAAUUGAUAAGAAAAAGGCAUACUUGGAUAAAGUACAUAAAGCUGUUGAGCAAAAGAAGGAGGCAGAAGCACGGGAACUUGAGCAGGUUGCUAUGGAUAAGCUUGUGGAGUUGGCUCACAAAAAGCUUUUGGCCACUCGAGGAAGUAUUGCUUCAAAAUAUGGAAUUGCAAAGGUGUCGAAGCAAGUUGCAUUGGCCUUUGCAAAGAGAACUCUUGUGAGGUGCCAGGCUUUUGAAGAUUCAGGAACAGGUUGCUUUAAUGAACCUGCACUUAGAAGUGUUAUUUUUGCACCCCCUUUGGCAAAUGAGGCAGAACCUUCAACUGGUGAUUGUGUCGGAGUUGGAAAUAGAUCCUACAGCGGUGCUGAGCAGCAUGAUCCGCAAAGGGGUUCAUUAGAUGCAUUACAAAGUUUCACUCUUCAAUCUGAUCAGGCCUUUGCCAAAAAUGGACCAAUAUCAAAUAGAGGGAAGAAGAAAGAAAUUUUACUUGAUGACGUUGGUGGCACUGCUGCCUUGAGAACCACAUCAACUCUAGCUACUACUCUUCUGGGUGGAGCAAAGGGGAAGAGAAGUGAGAGGGAGAGGGACAAAGACGUCUCAAGUAGAAAUACUGUUGCUAAAGCUGGGCGUCCCUCAUUGAGUAACCCUAGAGGUGAGCGAAAAUUGAAAUCGAAGCCCAAGCAGAAGACAGCUCAACUAUCAACCUCUGGAAAUGGAUUUAAUGACAAAUUUACUGAAACCAGUAGUCAUCCGGUCUACCCACGGGUGGCCACAAAUGGUAGCAACAACAAGAGAGAAGGUGGUAUGAUGCCACCCAGCACCAUUCAUCGCGAUCCAUCAAAGGAGAGCAAGGAAAUCUUGGAAAUUACGAACAUGCCGUUGUCGGAAUUAGACAAUAUAGAUGAACUAGGAAUAGGCACUGAUCUUGGUUGGCUGAACUUUGAUGACAUUGGUUUGCAAGACCACGAUUCGGCUGGCCUCGAAAUCCCCAUGGAUGACCUGUCGGAGUUGAAUAUGUUUUGAUGACGACAAUAACUGUACAUUCUUGUUGUUGAUUCAACUGUUUAGAUGGAGAAUAGCUGUUUCCUUCCUGUUUACUGAUUUCUUUUUCUUUUUCUUCUUCGUCGUCGUCAUCUUCUUAGUUCUUUUUUUUUUUAUUUUGGGGAUUUCUUCGGGUUUGGGUGGAAGGGGGGGCGCGGCUUUUUAUCUACUAUCUCAUCUCAGGCCAAUUGGCGCAUGUGUAAUUAUGGCCAUUAUUCUUUGGAUACUUAUAAUAUUAACUACAGUAAUUGAAAGUUUUCUCAUUGUUUAUGGGGAAUUUCUUCUUGUAA